GCACGGACAGCAGGAGUCAGGUUGUAGGGGGAUAAUGUUGUGUUUAUAUUUCCAUUGUGUGACAAGAUAAUGUGUGGGGUGGAUGCAACAGGUGAAAUGAGAGUAUUUCGCAUGGGGAUGUUUAUUCACGAAUUUGACUGAUUAGUGUCAUGGGAAUUUGUACGCGGAGAUAUUUUCUACUGACAAUAUGCAUUUUACAAUUGGUUUCAACAGUUGAACGUCAAGUUUUCGACUUCUUGGGUUACAUGUGGGCACCAAUUCUUGCAAAUUUUUUUCAUAUAAUAUUUGUGAUAUUUGGAUUUUUUGGUGCUUUUCAGUACAGAUCAAAGUAUCUUAUAACGUAUACUGUUUGGAAUAUAGUGUGGAUUGGCUGGAAUGUAUUCAUCAUCUGCUUCUACCUUGACGUUGGCAUAUUGGACAAAGAUAGUGAUGUGUUAAAUCUUGGAACUGGCAGUGUUAGCUGGUGGGAGGUAAAUGGAGCUGGUUGCAAACCUGUUUAUCCCACAAAUCUUACUGCUGAGGACACUGAUGUAUUUCGACCUCUAAGACCAGAAUAUGUUCCUGGUUGUUUCCUUGACUAUCAGUAUGUAGAAAUCUUGCAUGCUUCGGUGCAGUGUUUAUUAGCGGUUCUUGGCACAGUUGGUGGCAUAUUUGUUUGCCAUAUUCUCUAUGAAGAUGAUGAUAGUUCCCAAGUUAACAGUUCCUAUGGAAAGAAAGCAAAUAAUGGAAACCGAAACUCUCUUUAUUCAAUUGAAUUUAGUUCUCCAGAUAAUAAUGCAGAUGACAGUGUAGAAUAUGAUGAAACAGGUCAGAAUGGUAACUCACACUUAUCAGCUCCACAACUUUCUCCACGUCCCAUGACCCCACGCAGAGUGAAACGCCGUAGUGUAAUUUCGCGUGGUUCCACCAGCCGUAACUCACAGCAAGAUAAACGGGGUAGUGUGAGGCAUGGAAACACAGUGCGCUCCUCAGUUAGAUCUUCAGGACGGCGGCCGAAACUGCAACACCAGAACCCUGUGACUCGUUUAAUAGAGCAGCAGCAGAGUUUGCAGCAACAACAGGCUCUAGGAGACUCGUCCACAUCAAAUGAUUCUCAUCGAUUGAACAUGUUCGACCCUGCAUCCUCUCAAGCAGACUUGUUGAACAGCUCACAGUGGCGGAAGACUGCUGGUCACACAAACCCCUUGUAUCAGCAGAGUUCUAUGCAGUCAUUAAAUGAGGAAGAAGAUUCAUUCAACAGACCACCUUCAGCCAGAUCGAGUUACUCAAACUAUCAUGGAACACGUCCCAUCAGUUGUUAUGUAGGUUCAAGUGGGAUGAAUUCUUAUUAUGUGCCAGGACAAGCAACAGCUCAAGUACCUGUCAUAAAUACACACCGCCGUAGCAAUCGGUCAAUACCAAAAAGUAGCAGACCGAGUACUGAAUUUUUGAGUUGUGGUCCACCAGCGUAUCAGUUGCAAGGUGCCAUAGACUCUGAAACUGUUAUAUAAUUUUUUCUUUUAGCACAAAAAAUGUAAAGCAAGCCUUCACUGCCAGAAACAAAUGUGCCUCUUGUAACUGGAUGUUGUGAAAAGUUAAAAUUUUAUUUCUCUAUGGAACUGUGUACUGCAAUUAUUCACACAAAGUGCUCUUGUAUGUAAUUGAUUUGUAUAUGCUGUGUGUACAGUUCGAUGUAUGUUUGGCUCAUCAUACAUAUAUUUUGGAGCAUUAAUUGAAGAUUUGUGGUUUAUUUAAAAUAACUGAAUCACAUAUAACACAACAGUGCUGAGUAAUAUUUUGUGCCUUUCUAGUCAGCUAUUGAAUGUAGUGUUUUGUACGUGAGCAUACCAUCGUAUGUUAUAUGCGAUGGCUAACCCUCAUUAGGCUGUUGCUGGUAAAUUCUAGUUUUCACGCGUCUCGGGAAAACUCCUUCACGUAAAAUGUUACGCCUGGGAAUCAUUUGACAAGGUAUGAAUGUGGAACUGUUAAAUAUGUAAUUAGCUUUGGAAGCAAUGAAUUCAAAAACUUACUUUUAAUACAUUUCUCAGACAUUGUUAUUGAAGCUGUAAAUAUGCCAUAAAGCACCAGGUUUGAGUAACUUCUGUUCAUUGGCAGUGUCAAAUUCAACUUGGCCAGCAGUGUCAGCAAAUGUAGAAGUAAAUUUUGAGGUCACACUUGCAACAUAAUUUUCAGGAAUGUGUAGUUGGACCGUUCUUUUCUAGCUGUUGUUUACAAAUUUUUAUUAAAUGCUUCCAUCCGUCAUAUUCCCCAAAUCCAAGAAGCAGCUCGCUGUAUGUUCUGCAAGGUGGAUUCAAUCCACAGUGAUCCCUUAUGAUCUGACUACUUACUAAUGAAUGUGACAGAACCUGAUAAACCACAAUUUUUUGAUGUUUGUUUUAAUUUUUCUUCUGGGUAUUUUAUUUUAAACAUAUUACUGCACCCUCAACAAACAAUGAGAGAAUAGCUUCCAGUUUAUCCUUAACACUGAUAUUAGAGGCUAUAAUUUUGACUGUUAAAGAUUUCCACUUCCUUGUGAACGGAUGUUACUGCACUUCAAACCAAGUCUCUGCUCCCGGGAUUUUUAUAUCGUUACUGGAGAUGGUGCUGCAAGGACUGUCAAUUAGUGUCGGACCCAAUUUCUGCUUUUUUCGUUCAUCAAAUGUUUCUGUUCAUCUGUCACAGUAUCAAUUUAGAAUCCACAUUAUCUUCUUAACAACAAAGGCCUAAUACUUUUAAAAGGUCCAUAAAAUGCAUUUCCUACAUCUGAAGCAAUUUUUAUACAUUUUGACAGCCUGAAACACUGAUAGUUGGUUCUGGUGAGAAGAAAGCAACUUAAUAAAUAGUAAGUAGUAAAAAGGCUGUAAAGAUUUAUUUUCAUAACCAGCUUUAAAACUUUCUGACAACUUUGGAUGACUCAUAUAUUUAUUAUAACAUCACUUUACAUAACACAGACAAAUAUAACAAAUUUCUAGAAUUUGGAAAAUUUUACAAUUGCCUUGAUCAUAUUAAAAGACUGAUUUUUUUUCAAAAUAUGAUUGAAAACUAUUAUUGUGAUUGUGAGAAGUUAAAUGAAAAAUUUGAUCAGUUUUUGUAUUAGUUGUACAAAUAUCAGAAAUAAAACGUAUUUGUGGAAUCUGUUACUAUAACUGCAUCAGUCCCUCAGAGGUUUUUAUCUAUCUUUCCAAAACUUCUUUCAAACCACUUCAGCUCAUCACCCUACAAAGUUUAUUAAGUAAUCAUAAGUUUGUUAUUCUACAGAUCUUAUAUCAUAUGGUGCAUGUCAUUUUGUGGAUCAGAUACGUUGCGCUGUUUAUUUUUAUUUAUCUAAGGAUCACACGUUGUGUUAGUAGAAUGAAACACAGUAACACAAAAUAUAAAUGCACACAGAAUUCAUAAAUGUACCCCAUGAAUAUGACGGGUGAUAGGCCUAGCCUUGAAGGAACCAUCCUGGAAUUUACAUUAAAUGAUUUAGGAAAACCACAGAAAACCCAAAUCAGUACGGCUGGACAGAUUAAACUCCAUCCUCCCGAAUAUGGGGGUCAGUAUCUUAAUAGCUGCACCACCUUACUCGAUCACUACAUAUUGUAAAAUGUUCUUUGAUUUACAUCCAAUUUGUGUCACCACACACACUAAAGACACCUGGUGAUGAUUUCUGAAUUAUGAAGGUGGCGCUGUGCCCCUUGUGCUAACUCCUGUCCGUUUGACUCCAGGACCAGAAACAUGCAACUAUGCUCCAUGUUUGUCUUCCUGUCCUCCCCUCUGUCUACCUAAAAAACUGAGUCAGCAUUCCCCCCCACCUGACGAGUGAGAUACUGAACUCUGGAGAAGACAAGACAUUACUAUCAUGCACCUUAUAUCUUGAUAGAAGAUUUUCUUUUAAAAACAGUAAACUGUGAUAAUGUAUUUAAAUGUGACAAGAUGUAGUUAUCUCCUUUCAUCAUUAAUCAUUACAUUGAGUCCUACAAGUGAUAUUUGAUUGUGUAACAUACGCAUUACUUAUGAAAAAAGUUUUAGCUGUCUUUUUGAACAGAUGUAUUUUAGUAAUCUCUUUCAUUUCCUUGGACAGUUUAUUAUACUAUUUUAUUCUCUGAGGGAAUGUGCUUUAUAGUCUGUUUUUCCUUGGUAAAUAUAAUUCCUAACUAGCUAUUAUUCCAUGAUGAUGUAUGGAACUAAUUACUGAUAUAUCCCCUAAUUUGCUUAACAGAUUGGUAGAUGUUCUCACUUGGUGCAGUAAGGAUGCCAUAUUUUUUAAACAGCGCCUUACAAUCAGCACUACUACUACUACUACUACUACUACUAGUAGUAGUAGUAGUAGUAGUAGUAGUAGUAGUAGUAGUUGUUGUUGUGGUUGUUGUCCUCUUCUCUUUCCAUUUUCUGCCGUUUGAAAAUUGUGUCCAGGUUUUGUGUCUCAUCUACAGAAAUGGAUUCCAUAGCUAAAAAUUAAGUGUACGUAGUAGUAAAGUCUUUCUUUCUCAUUGCAGCUGAUAAAUCUCUUCUGAUCCGAGGUUCUGGACUACUUUUCUGUAACUCUUCCCAUUUCCUAAAUCUGGUCAGUCCAAUUCUUUCUUCCCCUGCAAUCGUUCCGUCAGGAGGAGGAACCACUGGCUCCUUAAGCUUGUACAUUUCCUUAACUUUUCACCUAACGCUGCUUGAAGGGUAGACUCUUUUGUCCAUCCAUUCAAAAAAUGAUUAUUUCCUUUUAUGUAUUAUUUCAAGAUAGUCAGUUAUUCUUGAGAAUGAACACACAAGUGAAAUUGGCCUGUAGUUUCCUAUACUUGACGUAUUACCUCACCUAUAGGGACAAUUUGUGCAUGCUUUAGGUACAUGGAAAAAAUACUUGAAUUGAAGGAGUCAUUUAUUAUGUUUGUUAAUAGGGCUUGUGUGUUGUCCAUGCACUCUUUCAGAACAGACUCUGGAACCUUAUCUAUACCUGCUGACUGAUUUUUUUAGUUACUGUUUUGGCUUCAUGAUUUUAAGUUCUGUUGUGAAAAAUAUUAUCACUGUGACUGCUGUGACACUGUGUACACUACACGUGUUUUAAGAAGAUUUUGCUGCAACUUUUCUGCAGUGCUAGAUAAAUAGUCACUUACAAAAUUUGCCCGAUGAUUUUACUACUAUUCUACACCUGUGUUUGACUUUUGUGUUGUUAUGCUUGUCUACCUUUUCCAGUUCCUUGAUUUGUGACAUAUUAUACUACUUUGCUUUUAUUUUAUGCAUCAUAUAUUAUUUUGUCAUUGGGUGAUUUUCUUCAGAGCAAUCAGUACACCAACCGAGUAUUUCCUUUAUUUUACUCAGUAUUGCAAAAGAGCUAAAGAAUGAUACUUUUUUAACUUGGAUGGAAAACCACAAGAGGAUGCACAGACUAAAGUUACAGAUGAGACGUAGGAAAAUGAGCUAUAAGUUAAAAAGAUCUAUUUGGAGAUGAGCAAUACUGAUUUGAAACCAGUUACGGACUGAUCAAUAAAAAUCAUAAUUUUACUGGUGCAAUUUUAUUAACAGGUUCCACUUUGAAAAUGUCACGGCAUCCCCCUGUGGAAAAAUUAAAUCUAGAUGUAUGUACCAGGUCACAAAAUGUGACUACACUGCGUCAUCCUUUGAGAUAAGUGUAAAAUGAUGAUCUGUGCACAAAAAGGAAAAGAAUUAUUAUUUGGUUGUAAGACAAUGCUGACAUAUCUCUCUAACUUUACACAUAAUCACUUAAGAUACUGGAACUCACUCUGUAGUUAGGCCUAAUGAUAUGUCUCAGAGAUACAUAUGAAAACUAGGCAGUUAAAUAUAUGUACUAACUAAGAAACAUGUAAGAAAGGCUGUGAUUUCCAAAUGAAAUUUCAUAUACUGAAUAUAGUUAUUCGAAUUUAUCUGUCAAUGAGUAUAUUUACAACAUGCAGCUCUGGUAGUAUGAAGUAUCAAAUCUUGUUAGUAGGUCUUAUUAUUUUCAUUGAAUAAUGAACAUGUACCAUUGUAUUUGACAGUGAUUGUUCACUACAUUUUUGCCUGUCUUCCAUGAGUAGAAAGCUAUGUGCCUAUUAUUAAAAAAAAAGAAUUUUGAACUGUACUUGCCACUUAAUUUGUAACUGAGUAGUGAGAAUAUAUUUGUGGCCUUUUUGUUGUGAAAAAGUGUUUAAAUCUUGUACCGUGAAAGUGUGUUAAGUGUUCCUGUACACACCAAAAUUCUACAAAUAGCAUUUUGUAUCUGUAUUAAUGUACAUACAGUACAAGUUGUGUAAUAAUAUGUGAUGACUCACUGGAGAAAUGUUCUCUGUAAAUGGAAUGUGUGCAAUUAUUUUUGUUGUGUGAGUGGGUAUUGUUUUGGCAGAAAGUUCUAAGUUUUUUGGAGACAUUUCUAGGAAAUAAUUUAAGUGUUUUAAAUUCAGAAUAUAAUUAAUAAAGUACAGUGAUAGUGGUUUCAAUACCAACACCUUUGCUUGCAAAAUUUUACAUCAGUAAUUUUUGGUACCCAGGGAAGACAUUAAAACAUUCCAUACAAGAUAUGAUUUGUUGAUUGUUUUUUUAAAUUGUAGAAAUGAGAUUGUGUAAUACCUUAAGCUGCUUCAUAGUUUAUUCUUUACUGUGAGUUCAUUGAAAGACUGUUAUCUAGCACAAUUUUUUUUAUUAAACAAUGGACAAUCCAGGAAGGAAUGUAAACCGUAUUAUGAAAAGAAAAGUUGCUACUCACCAAAUAGUGGAGCUGCUGAGUUGCAGAUAGGCACAACAAAAAGACUCUUACAAUAUAAGCUUUUGGCCAACAAGACCAGAGGCUGCAGAGAGAGAGAGAGAGAGAGAGAGAGAGAGAGAGAGAGAGUCUCUCGCCUAUUUUCAACAAAGGCCUUAUUGGCCAAAAUCGUAUACUGUGACAGUCUUUUUGUUGUGCCUAUCUGUGACUCGGCAUCUCUGCUACAAGGUGAGUAGCAACUUUUCUUUACAAAUUUUUACUAACAAGUUAAUUUCCUAAAGGCAAUUGGUGGACAUAGCAGAAGUUCAUGCCCGAUGCCACAUGCCGGUUGGCGACCGCAUUAAAAAUUUUUUUGCAGAAACCAGUGCACACCCCGAGUAUUUAUUUUGCUUUAGUUAGUAUUGCAGCAGAGCUAAAGAAUGACACUUUUUUUUAACUUGGUCGCAAAACCAUGAGAGGGUGGACAGACUAAAGUUACAGAUGACACGCAGGAAAAUAAGCUAUAAGUUACAGAUCGGUUGGAAGGUGAACAGUAUUGAUGUGAAACCAAUUAUGGAUCAGUAAAUAAAAAUCAUAAUGUUACUACUGCAUUUUAUUUACUAUUCCACUCUGAACAUGUCAUGGAGUCUCACUGUGGAAAAAAUAAAUCUAAAGAUGUACUUGUCAUGUCACAUAGUGUGUCAGUCUUUGAGAUGUUCUGCAAGCAAAAGCAUUAUUAUUUGGUUGUAAGACAGUGCUAACGGUAUCUCUGUAUCUGUACACAUAAUCACUUAUGAUACUGAAACUGACUCUGUAGUUAGGCUUAAUGAUAAGUCUCAGAGGUAAAUAGGAAAACUGGUCAGUUAUGUAUAUGUACUGAGAGAACACAUGUAAGUUAGGCUGCAAUUUCUCGAUGAAAUUUCAUAUACUGAAUUUAGCUAUUCGAAUGUUUCUGCCAAUGAGCAUAUUUAUAUGCAGCUCUGUUAGUAUGAAAUGUCAAAUCUUGUGUGUAGUUCUUACUAGUUUCAUUGAAUAAUGAGCGUGUGCUGUGAAAUUUGACAGCGACUGUUGUUCAUCACACUGUUUAGUACAGCAUUUCUCUUGAUGCCAUGUAAAGUGUAAAGUUGCAAAAAUUAACUACAAAACAAUGAACAGGAUAUUAUUCCCAACUCUGCCCAGAAAUACAAAUUAAUGAACUGUAUUGCACUAUAUACUAUCCUAAACAUAGUGUAGCAUUUCGUCACCUGUGGGUGCUGGGCGUCAGAUGUGAAUCUUUGCAGUGUCUGCCGGCAGCCUUAAGGCAGUCAGUAUGUUAAUAGCAAGAGUGACAAAUAUAUAACACGUUGACAAAAAUAUAUUAUUUACAGCUGUGUUACUAAAUAUCAAUUAUAAAUAUUAUAUGCACUUUUUGUAUUUUUAUGUAACUGUUGUUAUUAACAGAAAUCAGUCUUCUUGAAAUCAGGUGCACAAUAAGGAAUAAAUUAAAGAGGUACCUAAGGUAUUACAUUAUGCCAUAUCUACAAUUCUAUGCAAGUGUUCCUUUAGCCACCAUUACAGAGUAAAGUUAGAUGGCACAAACUAACAGUGUACAAGAAAUACUUAGAUUCAGUUACUUUUUUCUCUUUCUGCUGAUUUAAUGAGGUGUUGACGCACUGCUUAGCUCAGUUUCACUCAAAUCACUGAUCUGAGAUUGUGCCCUUACUUCCACAGACACAAAACUCAAUAUCUAUCUCUCUCUCUCUCUCUCUCUCUCUCUCUCUCUCUCUCUCUCCCCCCCACCCCCCACCCCCCACCACACACACACACACACACACACACACACACACACACACACACACAUAUUCAUCCUUAAUGUGAGGAAAGCAGAAAACAUAGCACAUCUCAGCAAUUUAUCUCUUAUUAUGACAGAUAUUUUCUUUAAAAUAUGCACAAGUUAAAAUAUAGCUUCAGCGUUACUGGACAUCCUCUUCUGAUGGCUACAGUUGAGACCUGUUGAUGCCAGUUCAUUUUAUUCUUGAGAAAUUUUGUGUAAUGUUACAAUGACCGUAGAAAAAUGUGCACUCUUCCCCCUGCUCCCAAAGGAAGUCUGUUUUUCAUUCAGUAGCACACAUCAAAGCAGGUAUUAAUCUAUAGAAUAUAGGAAUUUUGUUUCCUCACUGAAUAUUGAUUUGUUGCAUUAUUCGAAUGGUAUACUGCAGCUGCAAUUGCUCUAGUACCAUAAACAAAAAACUCCUAUAAUUCGAUGUAUUUGUUACCUGUGACUACAUUUGUUCUUAAUAUCAUUUAUCAUGACUACCAUGAGGCCUCUGGCUUCUUGGCAGUCAACAUAUCAAAGUAAUUAUAUUGAGAGCAUGAAACUGGACAUCUUGCCUGGUGCAUAAAAAAGCUAGUUGCAACUGGUAAUCAAGGUAUGUGAGAACAGUGCAAAAGUUCAAAAGAACUGAUAAUAUUUACACAGUCGUGGCAAGUCAGAUUGUUGUGUACGACAACAACAACAAAAGUUAUACACUAGUACGACAAAAAAGUUUCUGUAAGUUCAGAAUUUGUAAGGUAAUGUUGUUUGACACUGUAAGAAGAAAACUUGUAAUCUAGCACACAUGAAGUGGUUCACCAUAUGUCAAACAUGUAGGCAGUCUGUGGCCUUUGGCAUUAUGUUUCAGUGCAUGACUGUUUAUUUGAGUGUUAGAACAUCUGAAUUAUUCUAAGUUCUUUCUUUUUUUCAAUGUUGACUGUGAUAAUCAAAGUGGCUGCAUGCUGUGCUUGACUAAUGGCAUUAUAACAUGUGCAUGCCUAAACAUUAUCUUUGAUUUUGGAAGUCUUACAAGGCACAAAAAGUACAGAACUGUGAUUUGAGUAACACAGUAAGUGUAAGCAUUAAUAUUACAAUCUCAUCCUGCUUUAAUUUCAGUAUUUGUACAUAGCAAAAAGACACUGCUCAUUUAAUAACCAAAGUAUUGUACCAGGAAUAUACAUAUUUUCCAGCAAUUACUGAAAAUUUAUAACAUCCUGUUUUGUAGCAUAUUUACUUCUCUGUGUACUAUGUGAAUUUUAUUUGCAUGAGUCAGCAUGAAUAUUCAUUGGUGCAGUAAACACAUUGUUACAGCUUUUCACUAUUUUGGGCUUUAUUGAUGGAAAUAAUACUGUUUAGUCAUUGUGGAGAAAUCUGUAUCUUGUCUCUAAAAAAAUUCUACUCAGAAUGUUACUUAUUUCUUCAGUAGAGUUUGUGUCGGUAAUUGGUAGUUUUUAAUAGUGCUUUGUCAAAGAGUAUGAUGGUUCAGUAUGUUUGUGAAUGGCAAAUAAAACUUUUAGGCUAAUAUUGUACCAUGAGUACAUUGUUGUUUUGUUCUUUGCUCACGUAAGUUUUCUGCAUAUCAGUAUACAUUAAAUUAAAUAUGAUGCCCACCGCACUUUCUUUUUCUCUGAUGAGAAUGCAUUGUAGAUGAUCAGGACGACUGUUUUAUUUUGUUUUUCUUGAAGUUUUGAACUGUUCAUAUUAUAGACCAUUACGUCAAUACCGAUACAUAAUUUUUUCUCAGGCUGUUAAAUGUUUAACACUAGUACAUUUAGUUAUAGAAAAAUAUUAUUAUUAUUUCAAUGUUUUUAUUAAUACUGGGAAUGGCCUUACAAUGUGAGCUGGUAAUUACUCAGCUAAUUUAUUUUUCUAGCAGGCAAUGAUGGUUGAUCUCAUUGGGUUUUUUUUUUUUUUAUAAGACAAUGUUUAAAUGUGCUAUAGCUUUUGUGUGCAAAUUGCAUAUGAAAAGUAACUGCUUGUCUGUUGUACAAAAUAGUUAUCAAUAAUGUGUAACAGAUAUAUUGCCUGUUGGCUUUCAUUUCAGAAUCUUUAGAAGGCAUUUGUUUAAUGAAUUUUCUGGAAUUUUGCUAUCAUGACUAGCUGACAGUGUCAAAUAUUCACCCUCUAUUGCAGGUGGCGAACUGAAGUAGAGCCUGUGUCCAGUGGUUAUAUACACUAGCCCUGCCAAUGUCUGAGGACCUUUUCCUAGUAAUUACGACUGGUUUCCUCUUGUCAUCUGUAACAGUCAUUUGCUGCAAUCCAAGGAUCCAGAAUCUGUUUAUUUUGAGAUUUGUUUUUUCUUGUUAAAAUGUUGUGAUGGUUAUGAAUUUCAAAGGUUUCCCUGAACAGACAGACAUGUUAGCUCUUCUCCACAAUAUAAAAUUACAUAUCAAUCAAUUUUAUUCCACGGUUGGUCUCUCACAGCAUGUGCUCCACCUGUACCAACCUACAUUACCAUGGCUCACUGUGUGACAUCGACUAUGAAAUAAAAUCUGCUGACACAUGGGCUCCCAUUAUGGAGAACAGCUACCAUGCCAGUUUGUCCAGAGAAGCCAUUGAAAUUAAUAAGUAUGUCAUUAGUUAAGAAAGGAGGAAUCCUCAAGAUAAAUGAAUCCAAGAUUUCUGUGGUGCAGCAAACAAUUAUUGCAGCUAACGUGGUCAGAACUAUAGCAGUAAUCACUAGGUAAAGGCUAUCAGACAUUCUUGCUGGAAGUGUAUGUAAGUAUUGGCCGUACCUUUGCCUCCAGUCUGCCAUCAGCAAUGGAGGGUGGAUCUUCGCUAAUGCCAGCCAUUUGUGUUGGCGAUACAUCACUUUUACUUAAACUUAUGGACUGACUUUUUUCAGUUUCAUAAACAUUUUAUUUUUAUCUGUUAAUAUUUCUAUGUUGUAAUUUGAUGUACUGACACAUUCCAUGACUUUGGAGAUUUGCUCCUCAGUUUGGUCCUACGGAACUUGAGACAUGUAAAUAAAAAAAAUAAGAAAAAUGAUAAAUCAGAAAAGUGAUUAAACACAACUCUGCCUAAGAUCUGGAAACUAAAGCCAACAGACAAUAUGUCAAAAAGUGGCCACUGAAGCCUCAAUAGUUUUGUAAUUCUUUAACUGUUAGAUUAUCUCAGGCUCUUGUACUCCUCACAGUGUGGUAGCCACCCACUGCUCAUCGGCACACUCUGUAUUGCUUAAACCUUUUGGAGACAGGGGUGCACAUAUCAAGUCCCUUGCAUUAUAUUUUUAUGGUUCGUAGGAAGGUAUUAUUUAUCUGCUAAUCCUUAAAGCUUUUUGUGUCAUUUCUCUCUGAUAAAUAUUUUUAGGUUACGACUUGUCAUAGUGGAAUUUGUUCAGUUCAAUAAUUGUACAUCAUUAGAAAUGGGAAUAUCUACCGCAAAAAAAUAGCUAAGGGCAACUCGUGAACCUCAUUUGGUAUUAAGUAAAAUUGGAAAUGAUAUUUGUUGUGUUAUUUAUUUUACUUAUCACUAUAAUUCUCCACAAUCAGUCUUAAAAUUACUGAUAAAUGUCUUCUCUCAAAAGCCAAAGAAAUUACUGUCAUUCUGAUACUGAAGAUUUAGCCAAAGGAAUGUGUGUGAAGCUUAAUGCUGUACAGCUGGGGAAGUGAAGAAGAAAAAUUGUGUUUUAAUCUCUCGAGAGGCUCUAUUGCAGUUGCUGAAACCAUAAAACUGACAAUGCGAACAUGGUUACAUGUAAUUAGUGACACUUUAUACAUUCACAUGAAUGCCAUCAGACAUUUUCAUCUUGUGAUAAUCGUUGACAUGGCUCCAGUGAUGUACUGAAUUUCAAUAGUGUCGUACACAAUUCCUAAGUUAAGGCAUUGUUUCUGUAUUGGUUAAAAUUUAAAUUGAAGGGAAAAGGUCGGAGUUAUAUGGUGCAUUGGUACUGGGAUUCUGAGAGAUGGAUUCAGAUUAACAUAUGAGAGUUUGUCAUAGCAAGAUUUACUGUGAAUAUGGCAUAGAAAUUUGAUCUCAGGAAUUUUAGUCUCAGCUAAAUGACAUCCAUCAUAGCUGAAUAAAUACAGUGUUUGUUUAUUUUCGUUAUGUGUAUGUUCUAUUUAUGCUAAAUUUGUGUGUCUCUGUAAUAAUACUGUUAUUUAAUAUUAUUUUUAAUCCCUGGAACUGUGAAAAUAUAUGACACACAUUUGUUAAAUUACAGUUGUUAUCCAAUCAUUAAAAGAUCAUAGAUUUACAAAGAUGUAGCAUUAUUUUAAGAGAUACCAUAAAAAUAUUCAAAAGUCAGCUGAAAUUUGUGAUUCUGAUCUUGAUCGCUGUUGCUGACUUUGACAAUUCUAAAGUAAAUAAGAGAUUCACUUUUUCAUAGUGCAUUUGUAGUCAGUCAGCAUUAAUUUUAUGGUAAUUACUCCAAAUAUAAUGCCUUCAUAAAAGAAAGAC